GUACAGGUAACAGUAACCCAUUAGCCUUUCGGCUUAUCUGGUUUCGUAGGGCAUAACAAAUAAACAACUGCAAUAAAGUUCAGCUAAAACAAUUAAAAAGAUAAAUAUUUUGGAAGAAUAGGGUGGAUAUGUUGACCUUAGUUAUUGCGUGCCUCUCUAUCUCAGUUGCAGGCCUGCAUGCCGCUUUUGUGGUUGCUGUUGGUAGUCCCUCAGUAAAAGUCAAAGAGAAUGAGGGAGUUGACUUGAAAUGUUCCUACACUGCUGAUUUUGGAGCAACACCCAGAAUAGAAUGGAAGUUCAAGGAUCUCAAGGGCUAUCAGUUUUUCAUCUUCUUUGCUGGAACGAUAACUGCUGAAUAUGAAGGCCGUAUCACUAUGUAUAAUGGAGGACUGAGAUUUAACAAGGUGACCCGAGCAGACAGUGGAGACUAUGACUGUGAGGUUUCCGGCAAUGGUGGAUACGAUGAGAAGACCAUCAAGCUUACGGUUCUUGUACCUCCUUCCAAGCCUGUAUCCAGUAUUCCUUCAUCGGUCACAACAGGCAGUAACGUCCGUCUGACCUGCUUCGACACCGAUGGCUCUCCACCAUCCGCCUAUAAGUGGUACAAAGACAAUGCUCCCCUCCCUGAGGACCCAACCAAGUUCCCCAGUUUUAAAAACCUCACCUACAAGAUGAACAUUUUCAGUGGUAACCUGGAGUUCCCGAUUGUGUCUAAACUGGAUGCUGGUUCAUAUUUCUGUGAGGCCAGUAAUGGAGAAGGCAUUCCUCAGCGUGGAGAUGCAGUGCUAAUGGAAGUCCGCGAUGAGGACAACAUCCAAGCCCCAGCUGUGAGGGGCAGCUUGAGCAUGGAGACCCAGAAUGUCCCAAGCCAGAUCACCGUGAACCUCAUGCUGGAAAAACAGUAUGGUGUAUUCAUGUUGCAAGAGAUUAAACUAAAACUAGAGAUUCAAAAGCUGGAAUUAGAAAUAACCAAGUUAAAGUUGGAGCUGCAAAAACCUGGACAGGAACCUUAAAUACUACUCAACAUUGCUGCUCUGAAUCCAGGACUUUAUUUCACGUCAUUAUAUCAAAUGUUUUAUUUUACUAAUUAGUUAAAUUAAAUAAAAAUGUUCAACAUGUA